UUUCGUUGCACAUCUUCGGAGAACUUUCUCUCUCUCCCUCGGGUAGGUAGAUAGAUGCAGCGAUAAUAUAAUCAAAUUUUGUUUGCUCUAGGUCGUAUGCUAUCUGCACGUAUAAAUACUUUACGUUAAGAAUCGUUCGUCUCAUAAUUGAUUUCAAUUGGUCUCAGACGUUCGGUCGGUUAAGUCCAUCAGCAUGGAGAGGAGAUUUGUGGUUUUAAUUUUUGCUUUGGUGGUUUACGGUAGUAAAUUGAUUCAAUCUGGUAAAGUUCCAACUGAUUACGGUGAUGAAGAUGAAGGAGUUGCAACGACGGAAGUUAACCAAAAUUCGCGGUUAGUUGGAAGAAAAACUGCAACAUGUGAAGACAAUAGAGAAGUUCUAUCGAAAUUGAAUCACUUGGAGAGAAAAUUACAGCAAAUGGACAAAAUGAUCAAAAAAAUCGGUGAAGCCACCCCAUCAAGUGGAGCAAGUUGUAAUGGUCCCAGUAUUGACAUGCUUUCUUCAAGAGUCGUUUACCUAGAAAGCAAAGUUUUACAACAGGAGAAGGAUUUAAAACAGGUAACGGAUACCAGAGCCUUGAGAAGCAUAAAAACGGAUGACGCUGAACACGAAACAAUUCUUUCGAAAAUCGACAUUCUGGGAAACAUGAUCUCGCAGCAAAGUGGUGACGUUAAGCAAACUGUAGAGGUAAUUUUGGAAAGCAAAUUCAAGAUGCUAGAGGACAAGGUAAAGAAGACAUUGGAAGAGGCUGCCCCUGGUCCUGCAACAAAUGAAAGUGCUGAAAAUACUGAACUACUUCUCACGAAAGUAAACCUUCUUCAGGAGAAGAUAUCACUUCUGGAAAAUAACACCAAUGGAACAGCAGAAAGCGGCAACAAGUCUCCUGCUGACAGUUUCGGAUUUGAAAUACUGCGAUUGAAGAUUGAUUUCCAAGAGGUUAAACUUCUGCAGUUAACAAAUGAAAUUACCAGUAAAAACGAGAAAAUCUUGAAAAGCCUUGCCCACCUUGAGCAACUACACGAAACAAUUUCAGAAGUUUUGAGCAAAGUAGAUUUGAACGUUGAACAGAGUGUAUCCAACAUGUUGAAUCAAUCCCUGGAGACAUUGCAGCAGCAUGAAAUAGUGAGUAAUGAAACAUUCAAGCAACUUCUAUUAGAACUUAGCAAUCUCAAGAAACUCAACGACGAGGCCGAAAAGAAAACUGAUCACGUUACUCAAAAGCUGGAUUCACUGGAGACCCUCAACUUGAAAGUUCCUGCGUUGUUCAUCGAGCUGAAGCAACUGAUUGCUCAAAAUUUGUCGCAAAUAAUAAGCUAUUCAACGGAACUUUCGCAACAAGACAACAGAUGUGUCAACAACAGCACUUUAAAACAGGCCCUAUUCGAUUUGGUGAUACUCAAAAACUCGGCCCGUUAUUUCCAAGUCGCUACCCUGCAUCAAUCUUGCAAAGACAAAAAACUAAAAACGUCAUCUGGUAAACACCUACUGCAUCCCAAUCUUCAAGAAGAACCAUUCGAGGGCUACUGCGAACAAGACAAGUUCAACGGAGGUUGGUUGGUCAUUCAGUAUCGGUUCAAUGGUUCCGUGGACUUCUACCGCGGCUGGAAGGACUAUCGGAACGGAUUUGGAACGAUCGGAGGCGAGUUCUGGCUGGGGCUGGAAACGGUGCAUCGCCUCACGAAGGACAAAAAUUUCACUCUGGUCAUAGAAAUGGAAGACUUCAAGGGAGGGUACGCUUACGCCAAGUACGAUCGGUUUGAAAUUGGAGGUGAGGACGAGUGGUACUCGCUGAAACGGUUGGGAAGUUAUAGUGGAACUGCAGGUGAUGGGCUGGAGUACAGCGUGGGGAUGAACUUUACCACGUGGGACUCCGAUAACGAUCAGUCGUCGGAGAAUUGCGCGGUUCAGAGAUACGGGGCUUGGUGGUACAAAAGUUGUACUUUCAGUAAUCUUAAUGGGAAGUAUCAGAAUAUGGCGCAUCAUCAGUCACUUUGUUGGUAUUAUCAUAAAAACUCAGACGAUGGACUCAAAGUGUCCCGAAUGAUGAUUCGUGAGGUGUGAGCAAGUACAUUAGCUGUAGUGAUUGCAAUGUGAUGGUAUGAUUAAUAAAAGUAUGAUCUUG